CCCUAGUUUUGCCUCUUCUUGCUUCCCCGACUGAAAAAAAAUUAAACCCACCCAAUUUCCUUUUCCUUUUUACCAUUAUCUUAUCUCUUCUCCUCUUCUUCCCUUCUCUAUCGUCGCCACUUCCUUUCCCCUCCCAAAUGCUUUGAUAACACAACCCAUUAAUUACCAUUCACCCCCGGCUUCGACCAAAAUUUUAGGCCUGAGGGCCCUUUUUCACACCAAGUACAGCUUGGUCUACUUAGAGUUUAACCCCAGGGACCUUUUAGUUAGCGGUUACCCGCCUAGUUCGAGUGACAACUGCGCUUUGGGUCCACUUUGCGCCGCGACAGCAGUGCCCUUCCGCUAAAUUGAGCCAUCGGGAUAUCGCAGCUCUGAAUCCCCUGACUCGUUCGAUGAUUUCCCCGGAUUCUUCUCAACCGACCGAUAGGUCAGCAUUGUUUGCUAAACAGCCUAUUCAGUUACACGAAGCCUCUGCUACAACGGCUUCGAGUAACAAUGAAAUUUCUUCGGUGCCUUCGAUGAGCUUUGGAGUAGAGGGCAUCUGCUCUCCAGUAUCCUUGAAUGGGGAAUUCUCACCGAAUAUAAAGGAUGAAAUGAUUCACCAAUGUCACCCCGGGGCUCCACAGCCCCUUCCGUCGCUUCAUAUACGAACGGACCUGCCGCGCACAGCACAACUGAGCCCGUCGAAAGAAUCCGACCCUUUCAUGCAUCACAGCCUCUCAUCGAGCAGCCUCCCGCGAAGGACAUCGAGUUUGCGUGGCUUUCUCGAAAGGCCCUCGUCCGGAGGAGGUUCCCUGUCUCCGGCAUCGUUACUGUCAUCGCCACAGCUGAUGGCCAUGGGCGACAUCACUCCCUUACCUUCGCCGAUCGGUGGCGUUUCGCCAUGGAAAAUACCGCGUCGCAGUUCACAGUCGUUAUCUCGGACCCCAUCACUCCUUUCGCGCAACGGCUCGAGCCUGAGUUUGCGUUUGAGUGACUCGUCUCAAGUGCUGGGGCCCUCAGAAUGUCGAUCGCGAAGCAAGCAACGUGGGAUGGCGGAGAUGUUGGGUGCUGACAUGCAUUCAGACACACCCAGCAAGCCGCGCCCUGAUGGAGCGCCGAAGCAUGCUCGUAAUCGUAGCCUUAGUGAGUAUGUCCCUCCAACGAAGGCCAUUCCGAUCAAGCCACGUCCAAUCGCAGUUUCGGGAUCCGGUGCGUCUCAGGGGAUCUUUUCAUCGUCAAGUACCGACUCGAAAUCAAACAACAUGCACCGGGAACAGCACUUGGCGAUUCAUCGCGGCAUUGCGUUACCCGCAGUCCGUCCUCCCACGCCGCCAAGAAGUAGUCGCAGUACAUCUGAUGGUGAUGUGGAGCCCGUCAUUCUCAGCCCACAAUCCAUGGAUGGCUCCGAUGAAAUAUACUCGGUACGUUCCAUUCGGUCCCAGCAGCCGCGCAAAUAUCGCAAACUGCGCGAGCUCGGACAAGGCACAUUUAGCCAAGUAUGUCUAGCAGUACGCAUGGAACUGCAGGAUGAUAUGGAUUCUGGUUACAGUUCAAGUCUCCAAGGGGUGAAUGCUGCUACACAAAAGCUCGUCGCUGUGAAGGUCAUUGAGCAUGGCCCAGCAGGUGGAGCCGAUGAGGAACGAUUGGAGGUCUCGCUCAAGCGGGAAGUGGAAAUUUUGAAGUCGGUCAACCAUCCAUCACUUGUGCAAUUAAAAGCGUUCGGAAGCGAUGAAAAGCGCGCUCUUUUGGUCCUGGAUUACUGCCCAGGAGGUGACCUGUUCGACGUCGCAACCUCUGGACCGAGGCCCAUGAGCCCAGUGCUCAUUCGACGGAUCUUCUCUGAGUUGGUGGCUGCCGUGCGCUACCUGCACGCCAACUUCAUAGUCCAUCGGGAUAUUAAACUAGAGAAUGUCCUAGUUACUCUCCCUCCCGCUGCUAUGGAGGAGAUAACUGAUUGGCGUACAUAUGAUCGCGCGGUCGUUACCCUUACCGACCUGGGUCUCUCUAGACGAAUCCCGCAACCUCCGGAGAGCCCGCUCCUCCACACCCGAUGUGGAAGUGAGGAUUAUGCCGCCCCGGAAAUUCUGAUGGGACAGCCUUACGACGGACGGUCCACCGAUGGCUGGGCCCUUGGCGUCUUGCUCUACGCAAUGAUGGAAAACCGAUUGCCGUUUGAUGCUUUGCCGGGUACUCGAGGGGACCCGGCGAAACUCCGUGCUCGUACCCCACACCGCAUUGCGCGAUGUGAGUGGUCGUGGUAUCGCUAUGCGGACAGUGACGGUGAAUGGGAUCCUCAGAAGGGGAAAGAUCUAGAGGGGAGCCGUGAGUGCGUUGAAGGGCUACUAAAGCGGAAUACUAAACGCAAAAGCUUGGAUGAGAUUGCAUCAAUCGAGUGGGUUGCGAAAGCAAUUGACGUACCGGGUGGGUUGAAGAGAGGUGACAAAGAGGUACCGUAGAGCUGGUCUCUUGGUUUCUAUUUCAGCACUCUCCCAGCCGGUUUUCUAUAUUGCGCUGUUACGUGAUACAGAGAUGAGCACGGGGUGAUGCACUGAUAGUGUUUUGUAUCUGUCUUUCUCUUCUCUCUUUUUUUUUUUUUUUCUUUUUCUUUUU